CUUUGCAAUUAGAAACAAUCGAUUGCUUUUUAUUUUGUCUUGGGCGAAAUUUCGCUUUUACUGUUGUUGCGUUGAAGCGUCAUGAGUGUUUCUGUGCAAACAAAUUGUCAGCAAACGAACAUUGUAACGUGGAAUCGAAACCCGGUGGUAUGUUCGCGGCAUACAAGAUGAUAGCGAGAGAGAUGCCGACAAUAAAGAACAAGAGCUACCUUGGUUGCUUUUACAACAGUCGACCAGCAAAUCAACCCAAUCUUCAAAACGAGUUGUUUUCGGUAGAGCUAAGUGCAAGCGAAUGCAUAAAUGCUUGCAACACGAUCCAACACUCUGUGGCUGUUUUGAACAAGGGCCUACAAACCUGCACUUGUUACAAAUCAUUAUCAGCGAGCCUAAAAUUAGUUCGAAACGAAAUACAAGCGGAAAAUUGCAGCGAUUUGGCUUUCGUCACUGACUUUGCAACUUCCUUCUGCAAGUUUUCGUCUUUUAUCAACCCUUUCAAAGAGAUAGUUCCGAGAGUUGGGUUGAUUUCGGUUCCGGGAUCCGGGAACACAUGGACAAGACAGUUAUUCCAGAGUUUGACUGGAUUUCUAUCUGGUAGUUUCUAUUGGGACCAGCAGUCCUUCAGGCAAGGUCUCAUUGGGGAAAUGGAGCAAUGGCAGUCCAGAAGAACGACCCUCAUAAAAUACCAUUACUUGAUUCCAGACAAACUCCACAAACAAACAGAAGCCUUAAUCGCAGACAUGAGCAAGCUGAUAUUCGUCAUACGAGACCCUCUCAAAAGCAUGAUAGCUGAGUUCAAUCACAAGACAUACAAAGACCAUAAAAUUGCAUUCCAAAACUCGAAGGCAUUCGAAAGCACAGCACGGCAAAAAGAUAGAUUCGAACGUCAUUUUAACGAACAACUCAUUCGGCUCCAAAGUUUUACUUUGGUUAGAAAAAUAACACAACGACCAGUUUUGAUUAUCUCUUAUGAAGAUAUGCUGGAAAAUCUAUUUCCACAAAUUCUCAGAAUUGCUAACUUCAUUGAGCUUGGCGAAGAUUUGACUGUUCUAGAUCGAUCAGUGUGUACAAUUUUCAACGCUGAGGCUAUGCGCAAAACUGAUAAGCGCAAAUAUUCGGAAGAUUUCACGCCGACAGCCGCCAAUUUAGUUAACAGAAAAUGGGCGACAGCUGUUUUGAAGACAAUUAGCGAAAAUUUUUUAAACUACAAACUUCACAAAAUGCGACUUGACGAUUAUAUUGAAUCAUUGAGCCGCGUGACAAAAGAAUAGAACUGCUUUUCUUCUAAACAGAAAAGUUUUGAUAUUCAUUUCAUACUUUCACAGUAGAAUUUUUCAUGUCUCGUCUCUGCAAAAGGAAACGAAACUUUUUGGUAUUCGAAGGGUUAAA